CUGUUUUUCCAGCGAUUACAAAAACCAAAACAAAACGAAUUUGUUAGGAAUAAUUGCUUAAUUUUAAAGUCAAGGGUUUUUUUAAAUUAAAUCCCGGCAAUGCAGGCUAUCGGUUUUAAUUCCAUCCUCUCUAUGAGGCAGUGCAUCCCGCUCGCCAGGCGCCAGUUUUCAGCCACGGCACAAUCUGCACUCUCCGGCUCCCAAACAAAUGACCAGCAAUUGCCUCCGCCGAACACCAAAUCCUCGGACAAAAUGCGCGGAUGGCAGUUGCACAACUACGGCGAAAUUGACGAGCUGCAGCUCUCCGAUAAGCUAAAGAUCCCCCAGAUCCGCAGUUCAAACGAGUGCCUCGUGCGGAUCAGGGCCACCGCAGUGAAUCCCAUCGACCUGGCCAUGCUCCGCGGAUACGGAGCCACUGUGCUGAACAAAAUGCGCUGUCAGCCGGGCGAUGGCAUCGAGUUCCCGCUCAUCCUGGGUCGCGAGUUCUGCGGCGAGUUGGUGCAGACGGGCAUGGGUGUUCCCUCGGACUCACUGCCGCUGGGAGCCCGCGUCUGGGGAGUGGUGCCUCUGCAGUCCAGCGCAGGAGCUCAUGCUGAGUACGUAGCCGUCCCCUCAUAUUGUGUAAGUACUACUAAAUCUCAGAAGAUCUUGAAAGUAAUUCGUAACCCACAGCUCGCUCCUGCCCCCAAAGAACUGGAUGACAGCGAGGCCGCCAGCGUUUUGUACGCCGGAUUGACGGCCUGGUCGGGCCUGUACAUAACCGGAGGCCUAGGUGGUCCUUGUGGAGCCGCCACAGCUUCCGGCGGAGGUGCCCACAAGCGUGUCCUAGUCCUGGGCGGCUCCGGUGGCGUUGGCACCUUGGCCAUUCAAAUCCUCAAGUCACAAAAAGUUCAGGUUCUCGCAACCUGCAGCGAAAAUGCCAUAGAAAUGGUGCGGAAUCUGGGAGCAGACAUCGUUGUGGACUACAACAACUGCGAGGCCAUGGAGGAGCUGUGCAAAUACGCACCCUAUGACAUCGUACUGGACUGUGCCGGCCAAGGAGGCCAGCAGGCGGCGGAAUCAAAGUUCGAUUUCCGGCAAUACAUCACCUUCUCAUCCCCGUUGCUGGCCAACAUCGAUAAGCAGGGAUUGGGCCUGGGAGCGCUCAAGAAUGUAUUUGACCUGGUCCAGACCAACGUGAAGUCCGUCACACAGCGCGGAGGGCUUGUGAAGUGGGGUUUCUUCAGUCCCGCACCCCAAGGCAUUCAAUUCCUACAGAAACUAGUGGAGCAGCGAAAGCUGAUGCCGUUGAUCGAUAGCAGCUACGGGUUCGGUGAUCUGCCAAAGGCCUUUGAGAAGAUGAAGGGCGGACACUUGAGGGGCAAGAUUGUGGUGAAGCUCUGAGAGGAAACGGCCGAAUGACUGACUGAUAUUAUUGAUAUUGUUUCUGUUCCAUUAAACGCUUGUGUUGUUUAAUUAAAACACUAAAGCGAA